AUGCCCAAGGCCGCCGCCAAAAGCAAGACCACCGGCAAGGUCGAGAAGCGCCGCGCGAAGAAGGACCCCAACGCCCCCAAGCGUGGCCUCUCUGCCUACAUGUUCUUCGCCAAUGAGCAGCGCGAGAACGUUCGUGAAGAAAACCCCGGCGUCACUUUCGGUCAGGUUGGCAAGAUUCUUGGUGAGAGGUGGAAGGCCCUCAGCGACAAGCAGCGUGCUCCCUAUGAGGCCAAGGCUGCCGCUGAUAAGAAGCGUUAUGAGGACGAGAAGCAGGCUUACAACGCCGAGGCCGACGAGGAGGAGUCUUCGUGA